CACUCUCUUUCCGACACUAAAUCGUCAAGCUCCACGAAGCGAAAGAGUCGAAUACAAACCGGUGGGCACGAAACUCAAAACCCAAGCACAGUCGUUGUUGUUGCUGGUCAAUAACACGACCUGAAAACUAUAACUGUUGAUCAGUUCCCACUACAAAACGCCAAAAUCAUAAAUACUUCGCCGUAAAGCUCGAAAAUUUUUCUUAAACUACAAUGAUGAUCACCAUGACCGACGCAUUGGAUAGCCUUGCUCAAGUCGCUACCGACCAACUUUUUGCGUUUGAUACAGCAAGUUUCUUUACGCCACAACUUGCUCGACAAGUUCCUCUUAGUAGUGACGACUUUGUCACUGGCAUGGAUGAGCCAACGAAUAUCUUUGGUGAGCCGAUAGAUUUCCACGACACAGGAGAUCUAGACUUCGGUGCUGUUCCCGAUGUCAAACAAGAGGGAGGUUUGCAGAAAGGAUGCCAACAGCGUCUGGCUCACUUUAAAGGGCCCAGCCUUCAUGACUUUGGGUCAGCUCCUACAAUCUCCACUCCACCACCUAGCGGACAAGCAUCGCCUUACAGCUCUCCUGUACACAACUGGUGGAUUCCUGAUCGCACGAUACUCACUCCACUGAUCAGUCAAUCCGCCAGCUCAUGGAACCCUGCUCUACUUCAAGACAGCAAAAUCCCUGUUUCUCAAGCACAAAUCCCGGAGCAGAAACUCUGCCAGCAGCCAGCUGUAACGUGUGAUAGCCUCACUCAGAGCAGCAACCCUCUGAUCAAGUCUCAGGCAACCAUUGCUCAACGCCCCUCUUCACAGCCACAAACUUCCAGCAGCGGGCCUAUGUUUAUGGAGGCAACUGCCACGCUCAAUAUGAAGUGGCCUAUUCUGGGAAGCAGCAAUGUGUACCAAAACAACUUGCAAUCAGAUACAUCCGUGCUGGACAAGUUGUUCUUGCAGAGCAGUGGAAACAUGGACUUUUUGUCUACCCCCACUGCUCCUUCAAAGCCUCCACAACGCGGUCGUCCAGCCAAGGGCGGAAGUGCUAUACUGAAGGCAAAGCGCAGUAACCCAACCGAUAGCCGCUCACGCACCCCACCCAGCGAGAGGCCAUAUGCCUGCCCAGUGGAGACCUGCCCAAGGCGCUUUUCACGCUCUGAUGAGCUGACCCGUCACAUGCGUACACACACUGGUCAAAAGCCUUUCCAGUGCCGCAUCUGUAUGAGAAACUUCUCACGCUCUGAUCAUCUUACUACCCACAUCCGCACUCACACAGGUGAAAAGCCAUUCGCAUGUGAAACCUGUGGACGUCGAUUUGCAAGAUCAGAUGAGCGGAGGCGCCACAUGAAGAUCCACUUGCGGGAACAAGCAAAGAAAGAGGAGGAAGCAAGAAAAGCUAUAGCUGCACAGCAAAACGACAGCAUUUCACCACUGCAGGGACGUUCUCCACAAGCUACACCGCCACCAAUGCACCUUCCUGUCACAACUGUCAGUCCAUUCUAGACAGAAGGAAAAAAAUGUAUUGAACAUUUAUCAAAGACAGUGCGGGCACUACAAGACAUUAUAAACUCUUAGUGCAGGCACUAAAGAGCAUUUAUAUGAGACUUUAAAAUAUUUCAAAUAUGUAUUAUAUUGACUCUAAGGGCUAGACCCCAAGUUGCAUCAUACAUGAAUUUAUUUAAUAAGUUAAAUAGUAUGUAUGUUAAAGUUACAUCUAGGCUGGUCCUAUGUACAUAGUUUUCUCAAACCAUUGCUGGUGUGCAGGUCUACCAGUGAUGUUCAAAAAGGAUGAAAGACCUAUUUUCAUAUUGAGAUGUCCAUGUGACUUCGGUGAGACUAUUUCAAUUAACACUAUUUUGUGUAAAAAUUAAUAAAAAGGAAUAGCAACUUCUCUGAGAAAGGAACAGAUUGUUAAGGCAUUCUUUAUAGUCUAGGAAGACAAAGACUAUAAAUUUUUAAUAAAUUUGAACAAAUGGGUGAAACCCUUUUAAAACAUGUACAUUUUUUAGGACUACGAAUCUGGUUCCUUUGUCAAAGAAUUCAAACCGAAAUUGAAACAAAAUCAUUAAUUCUGGAUGUCAUGCUGGACAUGAACAUUGCAUCAGUGCAGGAAACUGAAUAUUAAAAAAAUGUUAAAUUCA